GGCAGAGCACGAAGCAACCCUGCAGCACUGACAGCCGGAUGUGCGUGCUGCCACCCGUCGUUGACAGCGCGAACCACAGAUCUUUUUCUCGGCAUCCGUGAAGUUGACAUAAUUUCACUACCUCCGUAAAGCCAGCCGACAGUCAAGAUGACGAACUCGAAGGGUUAUCGCCGCGGUACUCGGGACAUGUUCUCCCGUGGCUUCCGCAAGCAUGGAACCAUCCCGCUGUCCACCUACAUGAAGAUCUACAAGUCCGGCGACUAUGUUGACAUCAAGGGACACGGUGCCGUGCACAAGGGUAUGCCCUACAAGGCGUACCACGGCAAGACUGGCCGUGUGUACAACGUCUCGAAGCACGCGCUCGGCGUGAUCGUGAACAAGCGCGUCCGCGGCAAGAUCCUACCCAAGCGCAUCAACGUCCGCGUCGAGCAUGUGCAGCCGUCCCGCUGCCGCGAGGACUUCCUGCGCCGCGUCAAGGAGAACGUGGAGAAGCGCAUGGCGCUGCGGGGCAAGAAGCUGCCCGGCUUCAAGGUGUCGCUGAAGCGCAAGCCGAAACAGCCGCGCCAGGCUCAGGUCAUCAAGAACCCGCCGAAGCCCAUCUUCCUCGCCCCGAUCCCGUACGAAUUCGUGGCCUAAGCGAGCGGUGGUGGCAGAGGUGCACGACUGGGUGAGGUUGGAGUGUGCCGUGUCCCGUGCAGUGUGUAUAUAUUGUGCAGUUCACGGUCUUUUGUGUUGUACUGGUUUGCUGCGGUUCGAUAGCUGCAGCAGCACAAGUAAAAACAAAAUAAUUUUUAUGAAUUACAUCCAUAAUACAAAGUACGUGAUGAAAACCUGAA